UACUCAAAAGUACAUCUAUUUGACAUCAAUUUUCAUCGUUGGUCGAUAUAUUUUUUCACUCCCCUCUCAAAAUGGUGCGUCGUUGAACGAAAUUCUGUUUAUAUCCAGUUUUUCCAUAUUUCUAUAUUUACAUCGAUUCAUGCAUUAAUACCCCUCAGUGUAUUGAUUUGAAUGAAGCUUUUAAAAAAUUAUAUCACUUAUUGCCCGUAUAAGGGUUUUGUUUUAUUUAUACCAGUUUAGUCUUUGUGUAUUGCACAAAAGAGGAUGAAAGGUGGACGUAUGGCGGGUCUUGAAAAAUCGCCAUCCCCGAUAUGAUGGCUGAUGUGACGUUUCCUCAAAUUGGUCUUAAGUUGACUUUGGGAUAUCCACUCAAACGUGACUUGUCUCGUAGUUUAGCUAAUUGCUGAAACAUCUGCUGUGUCAUGCAAUCGAUUUAUGAGUUUAAAAUCUCCAUUCAAAACGAAGAGAGUUUUCUUGUUUCCUUUAAACUUAUGUUGAGUCAGAGAAAUUGUUGGUUGUUUUAAUGCCUCAAUAACAAAAGAAAAAAAUGAAAGUUCCCAGAAGAGAAUAAAAUCAUUGAACGUAUCAAUUCAUAUACAACAUUAUACUCGAGCCAUAAACUUUGUUAUUACAUAUCUAUUAUUCGGAAAUUUAAUUACUGACGUGAAAAUAGCGUUCUUUCAUACCAGAAUCAAUCUUGUUAAGACCAUCAUUUGAAUGCCAGAAUCAUUAAUUUAUCUUUUCUGAACGGAUAGCGACUGAAGCUGGAGAUAUUUUACCCUGCGUGUUUUGACCUAAUUGUUUAAAAUCACAGCCCAUGGUUGUAAUAUGAAAUCAUGCCUACAGACAGCGAGACAUUGACCAUCUCAAACAAGUCUGUAAAAACAGGCGCCGUUGGCACCAUGAAACGAAAGUUGUGGUGGAACUCGUACCAAAAUCUGGACAAAACAUCCAGCCCAUCCAGCUCCAAAAUAACCCAACCUAGUGUAUCAAGCUUCAGUUUGAGUGAUACUUUCGAAGAAAACAAAAUUCAAAGAAGCGAAUCUGCGACAGAAUCUUAUGGUCAAUGUGAUAACAGUCAAAGUGGGGACUUCAACGGGUUCCAAUCCGGAGCAAAUAUCUUUCAUAAUUUGUCCCCUGAGUCAGAUUUAAGUGUUGAAUCAGGAAUGGUUAGUGUUGGACCAUCUAACUUUUUCUCGAAUGGAGCCUCCCAUAUAUCAUCCAUGUUCCGGAUGUCCAACGUAUCUAUGCCUGAUUCUUCCCAUGUUGUUUCCGAUAUGUCAAUUUUCAUGAGAGGAGUUUUGAAGAAGAAACGCCAUGAGGAUCUCAAGGAGCUCUUGGAGAGCAAUAAGGACCCCAGCAAAUUGGAGGCCAUGAAAACUAUCAUAGGGAUGAUCGCCAAAGGCAAAGACGCAGGAGAAUUGUUUCCGCAAGUGGUCAAAAAUGUAGUCUCCAAAAACGUAGAAGUGAAGAAACUAGUCUACGUGUAUCUAGAGCGAUACGCAGAGGAGCAGCAAGAUCUAGCCCUUCUUUCCGUCGCCACAUUCCAGAAGGCUCUCAAGGACCCCAAUCAGUUGAUCAGGGCAUGUGCUCUGAGAGUGUUGAGCAGUAUCAGAGUGUCUGUUAUUACACCAAUUAUGUUGCUGGCUAUCAAGGAUGCAUGUGCGGAUAUGUCUCCAUUUGUGCGGAAGAGUGCGGCCAACGCCAUUCCUAAAUUAUACAGCCUGGACGUGGAUACGAAAGAAGAAUUGAUCUUGGCGAUUGAGAAGCUGUUAGCUGACAAGACUACUCUAGUGGCAGGCAGUGCCAUCUAUGCAUUCGAACAACUCUGUCCGGACAGAGUGGACUUGGUGCACAAGCACUACAGACGACUCUGCUCUCUCCUGGUGGACGUGGACGAGUGGGGACAGGUGGUGGUUGCCAACAUGCUCAUUAGAUACGCAAAGACCCAGUUCUUGGAUCCGAACGAGGGCGAUGUCUAUAUGGACGAAGAGGCGCCCAAGCAGACAUCCGAUGACCCGAGCAAGUUCUUCGCCGACUCCUCGGAAGAGGAAAGCGAAGACGAGAAGAACUCGGUGGCGUCCAGCGAGAAAGCUGCAAGGAACGUCAUGGACCAAGACCACCGACUGCUGCUGCGAAAUGCGAAGCCACUGCUGCAGAGCAGAAACAGUGCAGUGGUGAUGACUGUGUGUCAGAUGUACUACUAUUUGGCCCCUAGAUCAGAGAUGAACUGCAUCGUCAAACCCAUGAUUAGACUUCUCAAGUCUCACAGGGAAAUUCAGGCUGUAGUUUUGAACUGGCUAGUGACCUUCUCCAAAAAGUACAAAGCCAUAGUGGAGCCAUACUUGAAGAGCUUCUACAUCAGGGCAAGUGACCCCACACACGUGAAGCUGUUGAAGCUGGAGAUACUGACCAACCUGGCCAGCGAGACCUCAAUUAGCAUCAUUCUCAAAGAGUUCCAGGCCUAUGUUCACAGCAGUGAUCCUAAAUUCGUGGGCGCAACCAUUUACGCCAUUGGGAGAUGUGCCACCACAAUCAGCGAAGUGUCAGACCAGUGUCUUCAUGGCCUCAUGGGCUUGAUGGCCAGCAAAAACGAAAUAGUCGUGGCUGAAAGUGUCGUCGUCACCAAAAAGUUACUCCAACAGAAACCGGAGGAGAACUUAGCUGUGAUUGUGCACAUGGCAAAGAUGAUAGACAAGAUCACCAUACCCCAGGCACGUGCCAGCAUUCUCUGGAUGAUCGGAGAGAACUGUGACAAGGUGCAGAAGUAUGCACCCGACGUCCUCAGGAAGUUCGCAAAGUCAUUUCCCAAUGAGGAAGACAUAGUUAAGUUGCAAGUGGUGAAUUUGGCGGCUAAGAUGCUAGUGACGAAUUCGAAGCAGGUCAAACUUCUAGUGCAGUAUGUGCUCACUCUGGCGAGAUUUGACGAGAACUACGACAUCAGAGACAGGUCCAGACUCAUCAGGGCUCUGGUGCUGCCCACGAAUGGAAAGAACAACCUUAAUAAACACGCCAAGAAGAUACUGUUCUGCGAGAAGCCAGCACCUGUGCUCUGCUCCAACUUCCAGUCUCGGAACGAGUUCAGAAUGAACACCUUGUCACACUAUCUGAACCAGCGGUGUGAAGGCUACGAGGAGCUUCCGGAUUGGCCGACAGAGAAACCAGAUGCUUCGGUUAGGAAUGUGGAACUACCCCCGGAACCAACGCCGACACCCUCGUUCUACGAGCGAGAGCCAGACACGAAGUCGUCUAAAACUGACAAGGGUGGCAAGACGAAGAAAAAGCCAAAGAGUUUCUACUCGGAUGAUGAUGACGAGUCUGAAGAUGGAAAAGAGAGUGAAGAAGAAGAGGAAUCAGAGGAAGAAGACGAGUCAUCUGAAGAAGAAGAAGAAGAAGAGGAUGAAGACGACAGCGGAAGUGGAAGUGGAAGUGAGGAAGAAGACGCGAAGAGUACGAAGCCCGUAAAAGGAAAGUCCUCCUCUCUGGCCUCGAAGGAAAAAGGAAACGUGAAGACCAAAGUGGAAAAGAAGAAGAAAGACGAAAGCGAAGAGGAGGAAGACGGGGAUGAUGAGGAAUCGGACGAGGACGACGAUGAUGAGUCUGAGGAGGAGUAUUCGGGACGCAAAUCGGACGAUGACAGCGAGGACGAGAAGUCACCGAAGGUGAAAAACGAUAAAGUCAAAGCGAAAGAGGCAUCGAAAAACAAAAAGGUAGAGGACGAUUCGGAUGAAAAUGAAGAUGCAAGUGACGAAGACGAAGAGAGUUCAGAUGAAGAUGACUCCAAAGCAGUUCAAAGCAAAAAAUCAGUUCCGAAAGGAAAGCAAAAUGGAGGUCCAGCAAGCAAAGCUAGCACGCCCUCUCUAAUUAGUUCCAACCGCAGUUCUCCUUCAAAAGCAGCCAAACCAAAGAAAACAGUGUCAGUAUCGAAGUCAGACUCCGAGUCAGCAGAGAACUCUGAAGAUUCGCAAAAAGACUCGAGGAAAGCUACCAAGAAACAGAAUAAGAAAGAAGAUCCGAAAUCAUCCAAAGGAAAGAACAAAUCUGCUAAGAAAAAGGAGGAUGUUGAAAUAUCUGAAGAAGUGUCGAGUGUUGUGGAAGAAGCAACUUUGCUCACUUUCGACGAUGAGCCGUCCUCCUCACUGCCUUCAGGUGAUGCGUCAAAAGCGUCUUCGCAGCCAAUGAGAGGCAAACCAAUGCUGCCGACUAUGAUCUCACAGACUUCAGAAGACCGCGGAAUGGGCAAUGUUCCCGGAACUCCGACAUCUGUUGCUGGAUCGGCAUCGGGCUCGGGUCCAGAGGGUUUGGAAGUGCUUGUCUCCUCCCCCUCCGCCCUGCACGUGACACAUAAGGAGGUGGAGUUGCUGAACAGACUGUUGGGGCGGGGACUGUCAGUGAAGGCCAGGUUCACCCGCAAGCCAUUCAUAUACAACGAGCACAAGGUGUCCGUGGAACUGAUCUUCGCCAACACAGCCACUGACAACACUCACUUUUCAAACAUUUCUAUCACCGAAAAGAAGUUGCCAGCUGGCAUGUCUUUGGAUGAGUUCCCCAAAAUAGGACAGCUUCCUCCCGGUCAACAACAGAAUGCCUACAUCGGAAUAGACUUCUGUGACUCACUCCAGCCGGCCCACUUCACCAUUGCAUGUACAGUGAAUGACAGUGAGACCAAACAGUUCCCAGUCCAACUGAGCUGCACAGUUGGAGAUCUGUUGAGGCCAUGCACUUGUUCACACCACACUUUCUCCGCCAUACAAAGCAGACUGACGGGCAUGAAUGAACACGAGUGCAAAUUGGACACACUAACUGCAAACUUAGACGAGAGUGAACUCCUCAAGAGAGUGUAUGCCGUCUGCAAUGUCGGCUUAGUGCCCUGUAGUGUUCAAAGUGGACCACGUCUGUUGUACUCGUUCUCUGGAGUGACAACUUCAACCGGCACUCCAGUUCUGGUCAGUGUGGACUUGGAGAAGAAAAAACUGACUGUGAAUUGUGAGAAGAUGGUUGUGGGAUCGAAGCUCAUGAAAGAACUGAAUCAGAGUCUGGCUCAGUAGUUUUUUAUGGGCAAGUCUCUCACUCGUGCCCCUCUAUAUCAUAGUGAUCAAAUGUGAUUUUGAAAAUGUAUAUUAGUUCCUACCACUCAGCUUUUGGCAGAUAAUCGACAUCUUUCAAACUCCUUCCCUCUCCUAAAGUGCUGUGUUUUUGGUUCUCCAGGGCAAAUAAUUGAUAAAUUUACAGAUAAGAUUAUUGGUACAAAUCAAGUAUGCGUAAACUACCUUUAACUAUAUAGUAGUCACACUUGAUAAUAAGAUAUCUGGGAUCACGGUUGAAAGAGUAGCCCAAAUAUAUUUAUCAAUACGUUUAUUUAAGUCCCAUUUCUGACUCAAUUGUAAUCGAAGUGUGAUUUUGGAAACGUUUUACAAGCAAGUCUGCUGCUAUUCGCGAAUAAUAAAUAGCUUCUCCGUGCUGUAUGAAUGGUUCUAGAGGGUAGGUAAUAGAAAAGUAGACUGACAGAUUAUGGCUUCAUAUGCAUUAAAACGAAAAACAUGGGUUUGAUUUUGUUCCAAGUGGUCAAAAAUAAGUUGCAUUAAUUUUGAAAUCAUUUCUUGUGAGUUUUAGUGUUGUCGAUAAACAGUGCAUUAAUUCCUAAUCCGCAUAUGUUGAAAUACCAAUAAAACAGCUUUAGUCAAACAUUCAAAAAACUAUUAAUGAAGUAAACUGUAUUUACCUUUGCAUUAUGAGUAUAUCUGUAUAUUUCGGUAGAUCAAGUCUGUCAUAACGAUUAUGUCAGAAACAGUCUAAUUUAAAGUGUAUCUAUAUCUAUUGAAUUCGAAUUUAGAUCAAA